GACUGGUUUGUUCAGUUCGACGACGGCAUAAAUAAUUACGAAGUCGUGAUACGUGUUUGUUUUGUUGUUUACAUUUAAGAUUUCCAUUAAAAUGAGAUAAUCACUAUCUGUUUGCGUGAAACAAAGUGCGACAGUGUAUUAUAGAGGUGUGUGUAUCGAUGGCUUCGUCACCGAAAUCUACGAACGGCAAUGCGCCUAAUAACAACGGCAACGGUCCCCUAGGGAAGCGGAAGAGGUCUCGCUCAAACAAGGGAUCCUACCUGUCGAAAUGGCUGGACAAAACCAUGCAGCACAUUCAGGAGGCGACCCCAAGUAUGGACACGUAUGACACCUAUAUUCCGAGUAUGAAUUGGCCGAAUACUUCGCAGUUCGCUCCGGGCUACGAUCCUUGCAGGUACAAUAUGUACGGAUGCACGCCUGAGCCAAUGUCGCUGCCCACACUGCCGACGUACUACAAUGGCAAUCACAUGUACAACCCUGACUACCGCUACAUGCAGCACAAAAGUGUUCAAGUACAGCGGCCGCGGCGGAGGCGGAGCGAGCAUAAGGCUGAGGAAGUGCACAGUACUCCGAACGCCACUCCCAACGGUACCCUCAGCUAUUUGCAACCAAAGAAUUUCACAGAUAACCAGGAUUAUGCGAGUCUGCCGCCAAUAGUUACGUCAGUAGGUGACACAAACUCCAAUAGUGAUGUGAAUACUAAUGAGAAGGAUGAUGGUAGCAACAAUCGGCGGUACAGUGACCCGUGUGUGAGAGGUCUGCCUGAUGUAGCCCGGCCUACUAAUGGAGAAGUGGACUCUGCAUCGGAUUCUGGUUCUGAUCUCUCUGGGAGUCAAGUUGGCAGUCGCCUGCUGACUUGCCUUCUAGACCAAAUAGCUUCACUUAAAAUGGCAAAUGAAAGACUGAAUAAAGAGCUGAUGGAUACAAGAGCGGAGUUGGACGCAUUCAGGCAGCAGACCAUUUUCCACAAAGGCUCGAGCUCAAGUAUUGGGGCCACACCCAACCAUUCUCCACUAAACAGCAAUGGUAUGAUAGGCGGUCAGUACGGGCCGGGGUUCGUGACGGACGUGGUACGCGAGAUCAGGGAAGCGGCGCGUGCGCGGGAAGAGGCGCUCUACUCAAGAGUUCGGGCUAUGCUCAUGGACCGCACUGAUAACAGCUUGGCAUCGCCAGAGGCGAAAUCCGCGGAAAAAUCUCUUGAAGAGAUCAAGAGUUCUCUACGAGCAUCGGAAGCGGACAAACGUCGCAUGAUGGAUCGUAUCAUCAAGUUGGAAGACGAACUCAGACUCCUCAGAGUCACUAAUGGACUAGAGUCGAGCGUGACGAACGGCAACAUGGAGGACGCGGAAACGGAGCGGCUGCGCCUGCGCAAGGACGUGGCGGACAUGCGCAAAGCCAAGCAGAACGCCGAGGACCACGCCCUUAAACUCGAACGACUAGUAACCCAGCUCCGCUCAAAAUUCAACGGUCUGCAGAUCACCAACGGACCUGACUCCCUCCCAAGCGAACCGGAGCACGAAUCCAGGGCCCGCAGAUCGAGUGUCAACUCCACCAACAACUCAACCGUCGUGUUCGGACCAGUGACGGACUUGUAGCGAAUGGAACUCGGGCGAGUAGCCUGUGUGCUUGCUACGGACCUAUUCUGGUCUGUAUUGUAUAAGGCUUUUGGGACUAAGCAUUGUAUCAUUUGGUCUUAAGACUUUCAUGGCCAGGGUUGCCAGUUUGGGGUUUUUCCGCUAGUUUGGAGGAAAAAAUAACUUUUU